AUGGCAGCAGACGCUACAAAUUCCCGGACAAAUCCCUUGGCGGAUUUCACCAAGCUGGGCCCUUCAGUGUACAUAGCGGACCCAGAAGACACAACCACGCAAGAUGCUCGCCCGGUGAUCUUCAUCGCCUUCUGGAUGGAGGCCCCACCCCGGGCACUCGCCAAGUAUGUCGUCGAAUACAGACGCAUGAUACCCUCUGCACGAAUUAUAUUCAUUCGCAGCUCCUCAAAUGACUUCAUCUUCGGGUCCGCGGCAAAGGCGCAGCGGACCCGAGUUGCACCAGCGGUGGCAGCCCUCCGCGCCUCUGUGACCUCUGAGAAUCCCGUUUUUAUGCACCUUUUCUCGAAUGGCGGUCUCUUCAGUGCUACCCAUGUGCUCAAAGCCUACCAUCAAGCUGCAGGGAAAUCAUUGCCUAUCUCGUCAAUGAUCAUAGACAGUGCCCCAGGCACCGCAACGAUGUCCGGCUCUAUGAAAGCCUUUUCAUACGCGCUGCCCAAGCUAUGGAUACUGCUCCUGCUUGGCAAGGUUGCCUUAUGGAUCACCCUGGUCCUGAUCAAGACCUACCAGACAAUCACAGGGUCCCCAGACGCGAUCAGCUUCACCCGCAAAGCGAUCAAUGACACGAGCCUCGUGCAACCCGCCAAUGCUAAGGGGGUCCUCACUCGUUGCUAUAUCUAUUCUGACUCGGAUGAACUAGUGGAUUGGCGUGACGUGGAGGAGCAUGCGACUGAGUCGGAAGCGUCGGGUUGGGUGGUGCGUCGCGAGAAAUUUCAAGGAACGCCGCAUGUUGGCCAUAUGAGGGCGCAGCCAGAGCGGUACUGGUCCAUUAUUAAGGAGUAUUUGGACCUGGACGAUGCCGCAUCGUGA